GCACUGGGGUGUGUGUGUGUGGGUUGAGGGCAGGGAGUGUCAGUACCCUGGCGGUUCGAGAGCCCGGGACACGAGCGUAGGGUUCUAAGGGGCUGAGGUCGAGAGUCAGGAGGUCUGGAUGCAUCCUGGGCCUCGCUGUGUGACCUUGGGUGAGUACCUGCCCCUCUCUGGGCCUCAGUCUCCUUCUUCAUCCAUUGGGUAUGGAAGUGAUGCCGCCUCUGUCCCCCUACCCCCGGGGCUGAGGGCACCAGCGCCCAGUACCACGAAGCUCGCCAGUCUUUGGUGGCGUCCGCAGCCCCAGCCUGGGAUGGGAGCAGGUGCACUGGUGUAAUUGGAGGGAGGGGUGGGGCCGAGCCAGGGCACAAACUGGGGGUCCGAAUAGUCUGCCUCCGCUUUGAAUGGGCUUCUGCUAUCCUUAGCGUCCUGCCUGGGCUACCUGCCCUGUGAGAGCACAGCGAACUGGAGACCCUGAUGUAUCAGCCUGGUGCCCACCCUUCCAGAAAACCUGGAGGUGGGGACAAGGCCAUCAGAGCGCUGCCGCCAUGGACAAGAUCCUUGAGGCAGUGGUGACAUCGUCGUACCCGGCGAGCGUGAAACAAGGGCUGGUGCGGCGCGUGCUGGAAGCCGCGAGGCAGCCCCUGGAGCGAGAGCAGUGCCUGGCCCUGCUGGCGCUGGGCGCUCGCCUCUACGUGGGUGGCGCGGAGGAGCUGCCGCGCCGCGUGGGCUGCCAGCUGCUGCACGUAGCCGGCCGGCACCACCCGGACGUCUUCGCCGAGUUCUUCAGCGCUCGCCGCGUGCUGCGCCUGCUGCAGGGCGGUGCCGGCCCCCCCGGCCCCCGCGCCCUCGCCUGCGUGCAGCUGGGCCUGCAGCUGUUGCCCGACGGGCCUGAGGCUGAAGAGGUGUUCGCGCUGCUGCGUCGCGAAGUGCUGCGCACCGUGUGCGAGCGCCCAGGGCCCGCGGCCUGCGCGCAGGUGGCCCGGCUGCUGGUGCGGCACCCGCGCUGUGUGCCCGACGGCCCGCACCGCCUGCUCUUCUGCCAGCAGCUGGUGCGCUGCCUCGGUCGCUUCCGCUGCCCGGCUGAAGGUGAGGAGGGCGCCGUGGAGUUCCUGGAACAGGCUCAGCAGGUGAGCGGGCUCCUGGCACAGCUGUGGCGCGCGCAGCCGGCAGCCAUCCUGCCCUGCCUCAAGGAGUUGUUUGCCGUCAUCUCCUGCACAGAUGAGGAACCACCAUCUAGUGCUCUGGCCAGCGUGGUCCAGCACCUCCCACUGGAGCUCAUGGAUGGUGUUGUCCGGAACCUCAGCAACGAUGACAGUGUGACGGACUCUCAGAUGCUGACUGCCAUCAGCAGGAUGAUCGACUGGGUAUCCUGGCCCCUGGGGAAGAACAUUGACAAGUGGAUCAUUGCACUGCUGAAGGGCCUGGCUGCUGUUAAGAAGUUCAGCAUCUUGAUUGAAGUUUCACUCGCCAAAAUUGAGAAGGUUUUCUCCAAGCUUCUGUACCCCAUCGUCCGGGGAGCCGCCUUGUCUGUCCUCAAGUACAUGCUGCUGACCUUCCAGCACUCCCAUGAGGCCUUCCACCUGCUCCUCCCUCACAUCCCCCCCAUGGUGGCCUCUCUGCUCAAGGAGGACUCCAACUCGGGGACCAGCUGCCUGGAGCAGCUGGCAGAGCUGGUCCACUGCAUGGUGUUCCGGUUCCCGGGCUUCCCGGACCUGUAUGAGCCCGUCAUGGAGGCCGUCAAGGACCUUCAUGUCCCCAAUGAGGACCGCAUCAAGCAGCUACUGGGGCAGGAUGCCUGGACCUCGCAGAAGAGCGAGCUGGCUGGCUUCUUCCCCCGGCUCGUGGCCAAGUCAGACACGGGCAAGAUUGGUUUAAUCAAUCUGGGCAACACGUGCUACGUGAACAGUAUCCUUCAGGCCUUGUUCAUGGCUUCUGACUUCAGACACUGUGUGCUCCGUUUGACUGAGAACAACUCACAGCCCUUGAUGACCAAGCUGCAGUGGCUCUUCGCCUUCCUGGAGCACAGCCAGAGGCCUGCCAUUUCUCCAGAGAACUUCCUUUCUGCAUCCUGGACACCCUGGUUCAGCCCUGGCACCCAGCAGGACUGCUCGGAGUACCUCAAGUACCUGCUGGAUAGGCUGCACGAGGAGGAGAAAACGGGGACCAGGAUCUGCCAGAAGCUCAAGCAGUCCAGCUCGCUGUCCCCGCCAGAGGAGCCCCCGGGCCCCAGUUCAACCUCUGUGGAGAAGAUGUUUGGAGGCAAGAUUGUGACUCGGAUUCGCUGUCUCCGCUGCCUCAAUGUUUCCUGCAGAGAGGAGGCCUUCACGGACCUCUCGCUGGCCUUUCCCCCACCUGAGCGCUGUCGCCGCCGCCGCCUGGGCUCGGUGCUGCUCCCUGCAGAGGGCGUAGUCGGAGCUCCAGACCCUCCCCCGCCAUCCCCGACCCACGACCAAAACAGGGCGGGUCCUCAGAGGCAGAGGAAACACUGCAUCACAGGGGGUGUCCCCCCAGCGGUCCUAGACAUUGAAGGCCUGGGCCCCCAGGGAGCUGGGGGGCGGGGCAGUCAGGAGGAAGAGGUAGAGAAAGAGGAGGAAGAGGAGGAGAGAGGAAAGGAGGAAGAAGACAGGACCAGAGAGGAGGAAGAAAGGACCAAAGAGGAAGAGGAGAAGGAGAAGGAAGUAGAGGAGGAGAAGGUGAAGGAGGAAGAGGACAAGGACAAGGAGGCCAGCCUGGGCCGGGGGACCCUCAGGGCCACCCCCUCUGGACAGGGCUCCCGCUCCGUCCUGGACCUGGUCAACUACUUCCUGUCCCCUGAGAGGCUGACGGCGGAGAACCGCUACUACUGCGAGUCGUGCGCCUCGCUGCAGGAGGCCGAGAAGGCGGUGGAGCUGAGCCAGGGCCCGCGCUACCUCAUCCUGACUCUGCUGCGCUUCUCCUUCGACCUGCGCACCAUGCGGCGCCGCAAGAUCCUGGACGACGUGGCAGUCCCCUUGCUGCUCCGCCUGCCGCUGUCUGGGGGCCGGACGCAGGCCUACGACCUGUGCAGUGUCGUGGUGCACUCCGGAGUGUCCUCGGAGAGCGGUCACUACUACUGCUAUGCCCGGGAGGGCGCUGCCCGCCCGGCCCCUUCCCUGGGAGCGGCCGACAGAACCGAGCCCGAGCACCAGUGGUACCUGUUCAACGACACCCGGGUGUCCUUCUCCUCCUUCGAGUCUGUCAGCAACGUCACUUCUUUCUUCCCCAAGGACACGGCCUAUGUGCUCUUUUACCGCCAGCGGGCUGGGGAGGGACCUGAGGCUGAGCUGGCCUCUCCGAGAGUCCGGACAGAGCCCACCCUCCACAAAGACCUGAUGGAAGCCAUUUCCAAAGACAACAUCCUUUUCCUGCAGGAGCAGGAGAAGGAGGCACGGAGCAGGGCGGCCUACAUCUCUGCACUCCCUGCAUCUCCGCACUGGGGGAGAGGCUUUGACGAGGACAAGGAUGAGGAUGAAGGCUCUCCAGGGGGCUGCAACGCUGCCGGUGGCAAUGGCGGAGACGUCCACAGACUGGUCUUCUAAUGUGAAUCCUUCCCUGGUCCUGCCUGCGGGUGUGCCACAGCCAGCCUCAGGGGAGGCCUUGACCUCUGUCUUCUGGGAGCCAGGUGGGGGCCCAGGUCCCAGGCAGAGGUGCUCUGCCAGACAGGGUUUGAGGGAGGCUGUGGCGGCAGGUCCCGUCCUGAAGGCAGGCCCUUCCGAGGGCAAGAGAGGUGGAGGGGGAGCUUCUGGGACACUGGCCCUCAGCCUGAAGAGGUGAGGGCCAAGCACCUUGCACUUGGCCUCAGGCCCAGACACUGGGUUCAACCCCCUUAGGAUUUUACCAAGUAUCCUGGUCAACUCGAAGCACCUUAGAUGGACACCGUAGCCUGUCCCCUGCAGACUGCCAGCAAGGCUGAAUGUCACAGCUCUCGAGUUUUGCCAUUAAGUAGCAUUGCCCUUCCACUCCUUCUAGACAAUCCUGUUGCGCUACCGUGUGAAAAAGCAGAGUGGGAGCCAUGCCCUCGCACUGAGAGGGGCUUCGUGUGGCCCCCGGGCUGCCUUGUUUCUCCCAGGGGGUUUCCGAGGUAACGCGGCGCCUGCCCAUCAUCUGUCCCUCUCCUGAGAGGCGAGUAGGUGCCUCCGAGACUGUCUGCUCCCUGACACGCAGCAACUCAUAGGGGUGGGGACAGCCCCCUCCCAGUGGGAGACCCUCUGUCCGCCCGAUAGCCUGCCUCAGUGCCUGAGAUGCCACGGUGUGCAUCCCCCUCCUGGUUAAGAUGGAGAAGCCUUACUCUCCUGCAGAUGUGUCUGCUUCUCCCAGAGCCGGUCUGUCCUGAGGAAAGCUGGUGGUCCAUCCACCAGCCAGGACAGCAGCGGCCUGGGGGGUUGGCGCACAGGAGAUGCUGUCCUCACGUGCCCUCCCACCACUGUUCCCCUUCUGAAUGGAGAGAAGAGACUCAGGGUCUCAAACAGGAAUAAAAAUAGGUUCUC